UCUUAUAUUACAAUUAUACCCUUGCGAUUCUAUUGUGUAUUGUAUUGUAUUGUGUGUGCCGGCAACAAAACAAGUGUUGUUAUUUCGAGUUUCGACGAGCAUCAGCUUCUGGGAAUCAAGUUGAGCUUUUUACAGAUUCGUUCGAUCUUGAGUUUUCGGAUAACGAAAAUGAUACAUUUUGUGCUUCUAGUUAGUCGGCAAGGAAAAGUAAGGCUCACCAAAUGGUAUUCGCCUUAUACUCAGAAGGAAAGAUCUAAGGUCAUACGCGAACUCAGCGGUGUGAUUUUGAACCGAGGUCCCAAACUCUGCAAUUUCAUCGAAUGGAGAGGAUACAAGGUUGUCUACAAAAGAUAUGCAAGUUUGUACUUCUGCAUGUGUAUUGAUGAGGCGGAUAACGAGUUAGAGGUACUGGAGAUAAUUCAUCACUACGUCGAGAUUCUUGACCGUUACUUUGGCAGUGUGUGUGAACUCGAUUUGAUUUUUAACUUCCACAAGGCGUAUUAUAUACUGGAUGAGCUGUUGAUCGCCGGUGAACUUCAAGAGUCGAGCAAGAAGACAGUUGCAAGGAUAAUUUCAGCCCAGGAUCAAUUGGUGGAAGCUGCGAAAGAGGAGGCAAGUUCCAUAAGCAAUAUUAUUGCUCAGGCUACCAAGUAGUCUCUUUCUGAUCUUCUUUCACGCAGUUAAAACAAUCGUAAAUGUUUGCCUAAAAAAAAAAAAAGUUUGAAUUUAUCCUUAUCUUUUGAAUCACACUUGUUUGCCAUCUCAUGUGUUUGUUUGAUCGAUUAGAAGAAAGAUGUAUUCAUAAUCAUCGUUGUGGGUUUAUUAGUAGUGAUUGUUACUUAUCUUUGCGUAAGCCAUAGUGAUGGAUGGUUAUAAUAUGUCUUCAAAUAUUUACGUUUUAAAACGUGAUUCCACUAUU